GAUCAGAGGAGGCAGACCCAGCGGCACAGUGGGAGGACUGUCCCUGCUAGGACUUGUGGCGGCUGCAGCGGCCGCCUCUUCCUCGACAGGAGGAAGUGUGUGGGUUGGGGGUUGAGCAGGGGCUGGAGCAGUCCAGGAACAUCGGCAGCACUUCCAUUUGAACACGAGACCGAGAGAGACAGAGACCAGAGGGGGCAGCUGAGACCAAGUGAGCUCUUUGACUUGCCUGUGAUCAGCCUGCAAGCACAUUCCAGCAGAGGAAAAUGAUUCUCUCAGCGUCCGCUAAGCCCGUGUGACGGGUCCGAGCGCUCUUCCCCCGGAUCCUAAACUCGCUCACAAAAGGAUCCCAAAGGCAGAGAAAGGAGAGUUAAAGUGCCCCGUUUUCAGCUUGUUAAGCACGACCCAGCCUGAAGAAUGGAGGAGGGAUACGAACUGGACCUGACCUACGUGACGGAGCGCAUCAUCGCCGUGUCCUUCCCCCGGGCUUGCUCUGAGGAGAUCUACUUACACAACCUGAAGGAUGUCACUCGGAUGCUGAAGUCCAAACACUCCGAUAACUACCUGAUUAUCAACCUGUCCGAAAAGAGACAUGAUCUCUCAAAAAUGAACCCCAAGACACUGGACACGGGCUGGCCUGACCUACAUGCCCCUCCGCUGGACAAGAUCUGCACCAUUUGCAAGGCCAUGGAGAGCUGGCUGAAUGCUGACCCCUUACAUGUGGUGGUCAUCCACUGCAGGGGGGGAAAAGGCCGGAUCGGUGUUGUCAUCUCAUCUUUUGUCCAUUUCACUGAUAUCUCAGCCAGUGCGGACCAGGCCCUGGAUCGCUUCGCCAUGAGGAAAUACUACGACGACAAGGUGUCAGCGUUGAUGACCCCCUCGCAGAAAAGGUACGUAUGGAUCCUCAACAGUCUUCUGAGUGGAUCCAUGAAGAUCAACGCCUCCCCCUUGUUCCUGCAUUGUAUCGUUCUUCAUGGGAUUCCCAACUUUGACACUUCUGGAGUUUGUCGGCCCUAUUUAAAAGUUUACCAAGGGAUGCAAGCGGUUUACUCCUCAGGGGUCUAUCACAUUGGUCCAGGACACAGAGACAGGAUAUGUAUCAAUCUGGAGCCUGCACAGCUGCUGAAAGGAGACAUCAUGGUGAAAUGCUACCACAAGAGCGAGGUCACCUCAGAACGGGAGGUCAUCUUCAGACUCCAGUUCCACACGGGAGCCAUGCAGGGCUUCAACCUCGUGUUUGAGAAGGAGGACAUGGAGAACGCUAGCAAAGAUCCCAGAUUUCCGGAUUACGGGAAAGUGGAGCUGGUGUUCUCCGAGGGUCCAGAGAAGAUCCCAGGUGCAGAGAGAUGGCAGAACGGGUCCAACGUGAGUGUGGACUACAACAUGUCCGACCCUCUGACCAGAUGGGACUCCUACCACAACAUCUGUGACGGAGAAGGUAACACAUCCUGUCCGUGAAAAAACCGCAUUCCCCACAGUUCCAUCUCACAGGUCCUAAGUACAGCCUGGAUAACUGCCUCCUGUAACUGGUAAAGAUGCUAUGGUUUUGCAAUUGAGGAAGGAAGAUCCCUUGAGUGCAUUAGGUGCACUUUUUAUGGCAUCUUGUAAGCCUCUUGUGCACUCUCUCUCUCUGGCUUUCUCUCUUCCUCUCUCUCUCUGGCCAACUUGGCUCUGUGUCACUAAGGGAGAAGUGCAGCAUGAUGACAUUAACAUGCACACACACACACACACAGUUUCCUAGCUUACCAAUGAGACUCAUUACUCAUAAGGAGUAACUAGAUGAGUUGUAUGGAAACAUGAAUGGCAAGGAAAUAGCAUUGACCUCGGUCUACCCAAACCGCCGAAGGAUCGCUGUUUUCAUUCCCAUGGCGAUGAGUGUGACCGCGGUGCGUUCUCCAAUGGGAGAGAAGCUGUCUGUACCGCGGGGAACACAGGGUUACAAAGAGACCAGCUCCUUCCCAAGAGAUGUCAGUUUUGUUGUUUUAUCAAGUGAAUGGGUGUGCUUCAACUUACCCUACCCCCCUCCCACACACACACACACAUACACGCAUACACACGAACACGUUGCCAGGGCGUCCCGCUCUUGCUGUGGUCGCUGCUUCUCCCAAAUCUCUCCACUCGGCCGCGGAAUUUACGACGACCUCCCGGAAUAGACCGGAGCGGUGGCAUCAAAACCUGCAUCCGCCCAGUCCCAUCACACAAUGAACGUUUGAGAAACACAGCUCACAGAGCGCUUCGAGUGAAAAGGAGCGUUUGUUGUAUUACUCAUUGCAGAUACAAAUCUCUAAUGGAAAUUCUUUUUUUAGCGUCCAUUAUCUCCUUGAGUCCACAGCCUUUCUGUGGGGGUUAUUUACUCUCGAGAUUUCUCGUGUAAACACCACACCGAGUGGGGAAAGUCUGGAAGCUUGUAUGGAAUUCUGCAGCUACUUAAGAGUCCACAGGAUGCAUCGCACAAGCAUGCCUCUGAAGAGCUGUCUGUCAGGGCCAGGUCUGAAGGAGGAAGUCUAGGAACAGCUUACCACUAUGGUGCUACGUAUGUGAAAAGACAACAUCAUUUAGCUCAAUGGCUCUUUCUAUCCCCCAAUUCCCCUGGCAAAAUGAAUGGUGGCCCUCUAGUGUGAAGUGGUGUGU